UUCGAUUAUAAUGUUAAUAAUAUAUUUUCUUUUUCCAGUUCUGGUCGUUAUUCCUACAAUCGUCGUCAGGGUGGCGGACAAAGUGGCGGCGGUGGCCACAACAAUCAACAUCAUAAUAAUCAUUCGAAUUCUUCACUUUCCUCUUCAUCAUCAUCUUCACUCUCAUCAUCGUCUAAUAAUCAUAAUAACAAUCAUUAUGAUAAUCAUAAUUCCUAUUCACAUCGUAAUAAUGCUGCUACCAAUAAUAAUUCCUCUUCAGCAUCAUCAUCACAUUAUUCCAAUAAUUCACAGCAGCAGCAACAACAACAACAGCAGCAGCAAAAUUCAACUUCAUCGCAACAGACAUCAGGCGGUGGAUCAUCGGCAUCAUCGAUGUAUAUAAAUUCAACAACACAUAUAAGCAAUAAUACAUCAAAUCAAAUGUCCCGCGAACCGAUAACACAACAUGAUGAACUUAUACGUUAUAUAAGAGAAGCAUGGACAAAAGUAAGUAGAUAUUAGAUAGGUAUAAGAAAGUUUUUU